UUCUCACCUUUCUCCUCUUACAAAUCCCAACCCUCACUCAAGACUCAAGAAGAGUCAAUGCCAAUGGUCUCUCCCACACAGCGCCAAAACAGAAAAUCAAAAGCAGAGGACUACAUACAUAUAACGUAGUACCAACAAAACCAAAAUUCUUGUUUAUUUUUCAACCAAACUUCACAGUUCAGUUGAGUCACACAAUAUUGACAAUAAUGCUUCUCUUAAUUCCCUUAUUCCUUUUCUUUCUCUCUCCUCCCUCACUCACUCUCUCUCUAAACCAAGAUGCCCUCUUCCUCCUCCGCGCCAAGCACCAACUCUCCGACCCCGACAACUCCCUCGCCACCUGGAACACCACCGACAACAACCACACCCCCUGCUUAUGGCGCGGCAUCACCUGCGACCCCCUCACCGCCGCCGUCACCGCCGUGAACCUCUCCUCCACUAGCAUCUCCGGCCCAUUCCCCGCCGUCCUCUGCCGCCUCCCCUCCCUCUCCUCCCUCGACCUCUCCUUCAACCUCAUCACCUCCACCCUCCCCUCCGCCGCCGUCUCCUCCUGCCGCAGCCUCAUCCACCUCGACCUCUCCCAGAACGCACUCGUCGGCAUCAUCCCCGACUCCCUCUCCCUCCUCCCCUCCCUCCGCCACCUCGACCUCUCCUCCAACAACCUCACCGGCGAAAUUCCGGCGAGCCUCGGCCAGCUCCGGCACCUCGAAUCCCUCAACCUCGUCUACAACUUCCUCUACGGCACAAUCCCGAGCUCCCUCGGGAAAAUCUCAACACUAAAGGAGCUUCAACUAGCUUACAACCCGUUCACCCCGAGUCCGAUACCGAGUGAACUCGGCAACCUGACUCACCUCCAGGACCUGUGGCUCGCGCAGUGCAACCUCGUGGGCUCCAUUCCGAGUUCACUCGGCAACCUCACUCACCUCGCGAACCUUGACCUCUCGCAGAACAGCCUCACCGGGUCUAUACCGGAAUCGUUCGCGGGUCUCGCCGGCGUGACUCAGAUUGAGCUUUUCGACAACUCGCUCUCCGGCGAGCUCCCAGCUGGAAUCUUCUACAACCUGACCCGUCUGGAACGGUUCGACGCGUCGAUGAACGAGUUGAGUGGAACGAUUCCACCCGGGCUGUGCGAGUUGCAACUCGGGUCGCUCAACCUGUACCAGAACCAACUCGAAGGGCCAUUGCCGGAGAGCAUAGCGCGUUCUCGGAACCUCUACGAGUUGAAAUUGUUCAGCAACAAGCUCGUUGGGCCGUUACCGAGUGAUCUCGGGAGUAACUCGCCGUUGCAGCAUAUAGAUGUCUCGUACAACCAAUUCUCCGGCGAGAUUCCGGCGAACCUGUGCCGGCAGGGGCAGUUCGAGGAGCUCAUUUUGCUGUACAAUUCAUUUUCCGGGAAAAUCCCUGAGAUUCUCGGGAAUUGCAAGAGUUUAACGAGGGUUCGGUUAAGGAACAACAACCUCUCUGGUGUGGUUCCUAAUGCUUUCUGGGGUUUGCCCCGUUUGUAUUUGCUUGAGCUUCUUGAAAAUUCUCUUUCUGGGAAAAUUUCUAAUGCGAUUUCUGGUGCUGGUAACCUUUCAAUUUUGUUACUUUCCAGUAACAAGUUUUCUGGGUCGAUUCCUGAUGAAAUUGGGUUAUUGAAUGGUCUUUCGAAAUUUCUUGCCAGCAAUAACAAUCUUUCGGGUCGAAUUCCGGAUAGUAUGUUUAGUUUGAACCAGCUGGGUAGUCUUGAUCUUAGUUAUAAUCAACUCUCUGGUGAACUUUUGGGUGGAAUUGGUCACUUGACUAAGCUAAGUGACCUUAGUUUAGCAAAUAAUAGGUUUGAUGGACACAUUCCAAGUGAAUUGGGAAGUUUGUCUAUGCUUAAUCAUCUUGAUCUUUCUAGCAACUAUUUUUCUGGUGAAAUUCCAACACAAUUGCAAAAUUUGAAGCUCUACAAUUUGAAUUUGACAAACAACAAGCUUUCUGGGAAGAUUCCUCCCCUUUUUGCCAAUGACAAGUAUAGGUUGAGUUUUGUGGGAAACCCUGGCCUCUGUGGCCAUCUCUCGGGGCUUUGUUCAAGCUCCGGCGAGAGGAAGAACAAGAGGUGUGGGUGGAUUUUCCGUGCCAUAUUUGUGCUUGCUGGAGUUGUUUUAAUCUUUGGGGUGGCCUGGUUUUACUUGAAAUACAGGAAAGCCAAGAAGUUGAAAAGGGGUUUCAACAUUUCAAAAUGGAGGUCGUUUCAUAAGCUGGAUUUUAGUGAGUUUGAGGUUGUGAAAUUGCUGAGUGAAGACAAUGUAAUAGGAAGCGGAGCGUCUGGGAAGGUCUACAAGGUGGUGCUCAGCAAUGGUGAGGUGGUGGCGGUGAAGAAAUUGCGUGGAGCAUCUAUGAAAGUGAAGGAGAAUGGUUGUUCCGGAAAAGAUGAAUUUGAUGCUGAAGUUGAAACACUGGGAAAGAUUAGGCACAAGAAUAUUGUGAGGUUGUGGUGUUGCUACAACAAUGGUGAGAUCAAGCUUCUGGUUUAUGAAUACAUGCCAAAUGGGAGCUUGGCUGAUAUGUUGAAGAAUAGCAAGAAAAACUUGGGUUGGCCAACUAGGUAUAAAAUUGCUGUUGAUGCUGCUGAGGGGCUAUCUUAUUUGCAUCAUGAUUGUGUCCCACCCAUUGUUCACAGGGAUGUGAAAUCUAGCAAUAUUUUGGUUGAUCGAGAGUUUGUGGCAAAAGUUUCUGAUUUUGGAGUUGCCAAAAUUGUUACAGGAGUUAGCCAAGGGGGAGAGUCCAUGUCUGUGAUUGCUGGAUCUUGUGGCUACAUUGCACCAGAAUACGCUUAUACACUAAGGGUGAGUGAAAAGAGUGAUAUUUAUAGCUUUGGCGUGGUCAUUUUGGAGUUGGUAACAGGUAAACCUCCUAUUGAUGCAGAGUAUGGGGAAAAUGAUUUGGUAAAAUGGGUUUGCUCCACUUUGGAACAGAAAGGUUUGAAUCAUGUGAUAGAUCCUACUCUUGACUCUAAAUACAAGGAAGAAAUCAGCAAGGUACUUAGAGUGGGGAUUGAAUGCACCAGCUAUCUUCCCAUAUCUCGCCCUUCAAUGAGGUGUGUGGUGAAAAUGCUUCAGGAGGUAAAAACAGUUCCUAAAGGCUAAAACCAAAAGUGUUAAGGAUGGAUUAGCUUCCUAUUACCAUGAAGGGGUGUCUUACAAUCAGUGAAAUGCAAUGUAUGAAAAAUGAACAGUUUUGAUUUUCUUUCUAUGCUGCAUUAUUAGUAGUCAAUUUGCAUGUCAAAAAGGUGAGAUUUGGAAAAGCACGUUAAACAGCCCACUAUAGAUAGAUCACAGAUGAUAAGUAGACAUACAUUUUCAGGCCGACAUCUAUUAGUCAUACGCCUUUGUUGCGGUUUUUUAACCCAUAAAACACUUUGUGGCGGUUAGAAUUUAUGAGUGCAUAAUUUUCAUAGAGCCCUCCUUCAAACUUCUUUUUCCAGUAUAAUAAUUGAGAACCCUUCCUAUCGUGAUUCCUCUGCCCAAAAUUUGUAUCAUGCUCGACCUUUUGAUGAACUAGCUCGACCAAGGUAUCUUCCAUGUUCACAUACUUUUCUUCUCUUUUGUUCUAAAUUCCUCAACAUCAAAUGGAGGUCACUUUUCCAAGGAUGUGUGGAACGAAGUGCCCAUCCUUAUUUCCUCACAAAGUAAGUAGAGCUCACUUUUGGGCCCUAAUUAGUAACUAGAGUAGCUUCCUUGUAAAAUUUGGUCAUGAAAUCAUGUAAUGGCUCAUGCUUCCCUUGCUUA